CGUCUCGUGUGGUAGACUAACACAGUGCGCUCUUUCCCUUCGGAGGAUGGGAAGAAGAUAGCGAGAAAAGCAGGAACCUCCGCGCUCUUCCUCCGUCGAAAAUCUGUUGGCCACUCUUGAAUCUCCCUCGAUUUCAUCGAGCCGUCUCGGUUUUUCAUUCGAUUCGUGAGCUCCUAGAAUCCGAGGAAGCUUAAAUAUCUUACAAAUAUAAGGCAAUGGCUAGUCCAAGUCGAUCACCAAAGAUUGCAAACCCAGAAUCAUCAAAAUCUAAUGAGGCAAUAUACACUUCAAACAUGGAACAACCUCAAGCACCUAACCAGCAAAGUGGGGCAUCACGUGGUCCUGUGGCAAUCCUUUGGGACAUUGAGAACUGUCCAGUUCCAGGUGAUGUUCGCCCAGAAGAUGUUGCAGGCAACAUCCGAAUGGCAUUACAGGUGCAUCCUGUCAUCAAAGGAGCUGUAACAAUGUUCUCUGCUUAUGGGGAUUUCAAUGCCUUUCCUCGAAGGCUUAGAGAGGGCUGUCAGAGAACUGGCGUUAAGCUUGUAGAUGUACCAAACGGUAGAAAAGAUGCUGCUGACAAGGCUAUCUUGGUUGACAUGUUUCUGUUUGCUCUAGAUAACCGACCACCCUCGUCAAUUAUGUUGAUAUCAGGUGACGUGGACUUUGCUCCAGCCUUGCAUAUACUUGGUCAACGUGGGUACACUAUCAUCCUCGUCAUCCCUUCUGGAGUGGGUGUUUCAUCUGCUUUGAGCAAUGCAGGGCAGUUUGUAUGGGACUGGCCCAGCGUAGCCCAUGGUGAAGGUUUUGUUCCUCCAAAAAGUUUUAUGCACCGUGGGCCUGAUGUUGUUGGCUAUCUCAUGAACCGUAGUAUGGGGGACAGCACUGACUGUCAGAAUGAAGAAGAAGCCAUUGUUUAUAGGGGAAUUUCUCAGAGUGAGUACACCACCCGAGCUAACAUGAACCAGCUAUAUAGCUACAACUCUUCCCAUGUCUCUAGGGAACUUUCUAGACUCCCUCAUUCUUUGUCGGGGUACAGCAACAAUAACCUAAUAGCUGGGACUUAUUUAACUUCUUCAAGGUCUCAAAGUCUACCAUCUGGUUUAAAUGAAGGUCCAGUAGGGGAUCAGAAUGGUACACAAGAACAAACAUGGUGGGUUCGCCCUGGAGAUAUUCAGGGUUUAAAGGGUCAGCUAGUGAGGCUGCUCGAAAUGUCUGGUGGAAGUUUGCCUCUUGUACGUGUUCCUUCAGAGUAUCUCAAAAUCUUUGGACGGCCGCUGUACAUGGCAGAGUAUGGAGUGUAUAAGCUGGUGCAUCUCUUUAAGAAAAUGACUGAUGUUUUGGUCGUGGUAGGGAAGGGACACAAGAAACUGCUUUGCCUUCGUUACUCGGCUGACAGACAUAUGAAAAAGUGUCCAAGUACACCAGUCAUUUUGAGGAGGGAUAAAAAGGGAAAAGGAGUUCUGGAAGAAAAUGUGGAUGUUGGUGUAUGUCCUCAUAUAGGUAGUUCCUCUGAUGAAUUCUCAGAUGAUGAGAGGAAUGUUGACCCUGUUUUAGGUGCUGCAUAUGACUUAGAUUACCAUCUUGAAAGUUUCAGACAGGAGGUGCAAGAGCUUCUUGUUUGUUACUCCUGUCCAGUUCCUCUCGGCAAUUUUGAGGCUCUGUACGAACAGCGAUACAAGAAAGCUCUUGACUACCAGAGUUUUGGAGUGGAUGGGCUGGAGGAACUGAUUGAGAAGGUGAGAGAUGUUGUACAAUUACGUGAAGAUCAGGGUAGCAAAAGGAAGUUCCUUGUAUUCAGCUGUGGAAGUGGAUAAGGUCAGUUCUAGCAAUGCUGCAUCCGAUAUUCCCCUAGUUUUCAUAUAGCAUGCUGGUUUUCUGAAUGGUCUUAUAGGAUAGAAAGCGUUUGUUUUCUCUUAACAUUAACUGUUAAGCUUUUUACUCGUUAAGCAUCCAACACUAAGAAGGCACCUUUUUUUUCGAAGUGUCUGUAAAUUACUUAUGACGGUGCAGGAAGAUGUAUCCAUACAUUCAUGCCUGUGCUUCAUGUAAAAGACAAUCUGAUCAAUCAGUAACCACUGUUGGUAGACUGCAAAGCCAAUGUAAUACACAAGCUUUUCUUCCUGUUC